UUUUACACAAAAAACUGCAAACUGGUUAUUCUAGUACUCUCUAGCCAGCUAGAAAUACGUACAUAAAUUCAACAAUCAGAACAGUGCAUAGCAGACAGUAGAUAGAAAAGACAGAAACUUCUGGUAAAAUAUUCAAACUCAGUUGUACUCAGUUGUCUCUAUUUCACGCUGCAAAGAUGCUGUCGAAGAUGAUCUGCUUCUUACUUCUUCUGGUACUUCCUGCCAGUUUCGCCAAGGUCAAGUGUCCCAACAUCAUCAGCAGAAAUCAGUGGACCUCCGUUCCCGCUGGAGACGUAAAUUAUUUAAUAGUGCCAUUACCUUACGUAAUAAUACAGCACACAGUCACUCCUGAAUGUAAUUCGCGCGAGGCCUGUACAACCCGCGUUGACAGCAUCCGCAGUUAUCAUAUGGACCAACUUGGUUGGCAUGAUAUCGGUUAUUCAUUCAUAAUCGGUGGCGAUGGAAACGUAUACGAGGGAGUUGGAUGGUCUCGCGAAGGGGCACAUACAUUCGGAUAUAAUAAAAAAUCUAUCGGUAUUAGUUUCAUUGGAAAUUUCGAAAAUAAACAGGCCAGCCAGAAAAUGUUAAAUGCAGCGCAUCAAUUAAUUCAGUGUGGUAAAUCCCAAGGUAUCCUUCGAAACAACGUACGCGUGCUUGGUGCACGACAAGUACGAUCAACAUUGAGCCCUGGGUAUCAACUCUACACGCAGAUUCAAGACUGGCCUGAAUGGGCUAGCAGUCCUUAAAUGAAUGUUGGCGAUAAGUACGCUAAAGAUCCGAUUUAAAUAACUAUACCAUAUAUUAGGGAGAAAAUAUUUGCUCUUAUAAUUUUUAAACUAAUAUAAAAUAUAAAUGUAGAAUAGAAUAAUUCUUCUUUUAUAUAUAAAUAUAAGAAAUUUUGAACCUUUUUUAAUAAAGUUUAUGAAGAAAGCUUCUUUGUAUCACAAUACUUAUUGCUGUAUAUUUUAAUUCGCAUUUCUUAAUCCAAAUCUUAAUCUCGUUCAGUAAAAUUAUAUAGAACAGGCCAUAAAACCAUUCUUCAAAUAAGAUCAUUAUUCUGUAUGAUGAUAUAUUUUCGCAAUUCGUUGGCAGAAUUAAAAAAAAAAAAAAAAACAAUUAAUAUAAGAUUGUAAGAGAAAUAUACGUCAAUAUUCGAGGUAA